AGCACCAACAGGGAAAACAGCGGUCUAUGUCCCGUAUCCUUCGUUGGCACCGCCUUCACUAAAAAUUCACCGGCCAAACGCCUCUGCACAAAAUUUAAAUCUCGUUUUCUCCAUUACCGAGUUUUCUACAUGCUCCCUCGCGUCUCCCCUCUCAUCCGCACUAUACAAAUCUCCUACUGUCUCCCGGCGCGUAAAAUGACGCGCGCCGCUCCUCUUCCCCUGGCUCUCCCGGAAAUCUCUGCAUUCUCCGUUCACCAUUCCUCGCAGCUAGUGAUUAUUGGAAAAUCGAAUCAUUCCGAGUAUAGUUCUCUGUCCAAUUCCUCGCUGUUUACUCGGAGAUUUCACGCUUUGUGCAGAGGAGAUGAGAAGCUUUUAAAGGCAAGAAGUGGAACGGUUUUCGCGUCAAAUAGGGAGUACAGAAAGCUGAGGAGGAAACCUGUUAAGAAGAAGGAGAAGGAGUUGGAGCUAAAUGUUAGUAUUUGCAUUGAAGAAGAGUUGCCUGAUGAUACUGAAAUCUUGAGCAUCGCGGAAAUGCUUCGUCUAAAUGUACCCAUGGCAAUGAAGUUAGGUUUUGAACGUUUACACAAUUCACAGCAUGAGACAAGAGAAACUGCCAUUCAAGAUGUUGGUGGAUUUCAGAGUGUCGAGUUGUCUGUGCUUCUUUGCAAUGAUGAGUUCAUUCGCAAGCUUAAUAAGGAAUGGAGAGAUGAGGACCAUGCGACUGAUGUUCUUUCCAUGUCACAGCAUGUCCCCGAACUUAAGCUUCCUAUUCUAAUGUUAGGUGACAUAGUAAUUUCUGUUGAGACAGCUGCAAAGCAAGCUGAGGAAAGGGGACACACACUUCUUGAUGAAAUACGCAUCCUUAUGGUUGGUUAAUAUUAUGAUAACCUUUGAUUUCUUCCAAUGACUUCAUUUAGCU